CGGAAGUUUGAGCCCGUUUGUGUUGCUACCCCAGCAUCAAUCAACGUACCGCGCCCCGCCCCUCAUUCAGCUGACUUGACUUCAUCAUGAGCGGCCCGGCCCCAUCCGGCUCAUCCCCUCUGGCAGCGGCCUUUCAGGCCGCCAGCGAACCGGUCAGUGUGCGGGACGCACUGGCCAUGGGCGGACAGCAGCAACAAGGUGAGCCAACUGGAGAGGGGGGGGAGGCGGCAAGGGCAGAGACACAUACACGAGAGUCAGAAGGGGGGGACCCUUCUUGGGGAAAUGGGGCUGAGGGGCUCUGUGUUAUGUCUAUCGUCUCGUCAGGUGGUGAGGGGGAGAUGACACAGUCCCAGCUCAUACGCCUCGGACGGACCACUCCCGCCGGCUCCAUCCAGACCGGCACACAAAGGGUCAGUCAGCAGCCAGUCAGUCAGUCAGUCAGGAGGGAGGGAGGGAGGGAGGGAGGGAGACAUGGAGUGGGGCAGCAGAGAGAGCCCAGAGGGGCAUCCCAUGUGAGCAUGUGUCCAUCCUGUGUCUUGUUGUGUGUUGUCUGUCUGUCGUCAGAUUGAGGUGGAGGUGCCCGUCUACACCGACGUGCACUACGGGGACGUCGUGGCCGAGCGUACGGUGCCGCUGCACAUGCAGAAGAUCGUCCCCAAGCCCGAGGUCCAUGAGGUGGUCCGCCAGGUGCCCGAGCUGAGUCACUCGUGGAUCGAGCGCCAAGUGGAGGUGCCCGUCAUCCAACACGUCGAACGAAUCGUCGAGGUACGUCUGACACCCACCCUACACAUAUGACACACACGAGAAGGGACACACGAGUGGAUGGUGUGCCUUUGGUGUUGCGUGCAGGUGCCCCAGGUGCAGGUGGUCAACAAGUAUGUGCCCAAGGUCGAAGUCAAAACCAUCGUAAGCUGCCAGCUCCAUGCAGGGGACACACAGACAGCCACAAGGGAGACAUGGCCUGUGUUUGUCUGUGUGUGUUGUGUGCAGGAGCGUGUGGUGCCCAAGACGGUGGUCAAGACGGUCGAUCGUGUGGAGGAGGUGCCCGUCGUCCAAUACAAAGACAAAAUCGUCGAGGUUAUACCCACGCCAAAGCGGCCGUCACAUAGCGCUGCGAUCGAUGCCAUGACAUUCCCCUCUCUGUCUCUGUGUGUGUGUGUCUUGGUGCAGGUGCCCCAUGUGGUGGAGGUCAUCAAGGAGGUCCCCAAACCAGUGUCCGUCGAAGUAACCUAGACACACACGCAUACACACAGACAGACACGCUGACCAUACAUCGAUUCCUGCCUGUCUGCCUGUCCGCAGGUACAGGUGCCGGUGAUCAAGUAUGUGCCCAAGGUGGAGGUCAAGACCAUCGAGCGGAUUGAGCACGUGCCGGUGCCCCAGUACGUGGACGUGCCGGUGCCGGUCAUCAAACAAGUCCCCAAAAUCAUCACCGAAGAACGAGUACACACACACAUGAAAGACCACACACACCACACAGACCACUUCGGUGCGUGUGUGCAGGUGGUGGACGUGGAGGUGCCGGGUCCCGUCAUCGAAGUUUGGCGGGAGGUGCCCGUCGAACGGUACCCACACACACACACACACAUCCAUCCAUCCACUGUGUGUGUGAUGCUGUCUGUGUCGUUGAUGGUGCUGUCAGGGAGGAGGUCAUCGAGCGGGAGGUGGAAGUCGUCAAGUCAGUGUGCAGACGACACACACACGAGUGCACUGAUUGAAGGUCUCUGUGUGUGUGCCUUCAGGUACGUCGACGUGCCGAAGCCGUAUGAGGUGCCGGUCUACGAUUACAAACACAACAAAUACCCCGUGGUCAGCACACUCACCCACACACACAUGGGGCGCACCACACGCCUCUCUGCCUCCCUCCCCUCCCACCAUGUGUGUCUCUGUCUGUCUGUGUAGGAGAUUCCUCACGAGAAGACCACGACGCUGCCGCCCGGCCCCACCAAUUUUGUCAUUCCGUCGAUCAUCAAGGGCAACUUCACUUUUGACAUACCGCCCGGUAAACAGCCAAUUGGCUCGCCCACACCGCAGCCAUCCCUCCCGGCCACCGGUCUGUGUGUCUGUCUGUCUGUCUGUCUGUCUGCAGGGAUGAGAAUCACCCGGGAAGAGCUGGUGCAUUACGUCCGGGCCACCAAGGGCAUCGACCUCAAUCAGUGCAAGGAAAUCGCCCCGCCAAUGCCGCUGCCCGAGGGGACCGGUCAGCCACACACACAAAACACACGUGUCCAUAAUGAUCCCCUUUUUCGUGUCUGUGUGCAGCGCCCACGUCUAUAGAGGCCCAUUUCGAGAAUGAGCCGCUCCCCGAGUACGUCAAGAACGCCAAGCCGUGGCCGGUGGAUGAGUGGGGUCCCCUGCCAGACCCCAGCCAGAUGCAGGACGGCCACAGCUGGACCGGCCCGCCCGUCAAGGUGGGCGAGCCCAUCAAGACCACACUGCAGGGGCCGCCCCAGGGAUGGAUCCCCAACCAGCACCAACUCAAGAUCGUACGCGACACACAGACACACAUGAGACACAGCGAGGCAUGAGAGACACGAGUGCAUUCCAUUCCCUCUCUCUCUUUGUGUAGAUGGCCGAGCACAAGUUGACCCCGGAGCAGUGCGGCUACCAGGGGCCGCCCAUCAACAUGCCCGUGAGUGACACACAACAUCACACAACACAGCAGACAGACAGACAGGCAGAUGUCGCCUCCCAUGUGCACUCAUUGCUGUGCCUCUUCCCGUCUGUCUGUCUGUCUGUCUGUGUGCAGAUGCUGAUGGCGCCCCCGCCGCCCUUCCCUGGUGCUGGUCGUCCGGUUGCGCCACCUCCCGCCGCCCCUGCCGGCCCUCCCGUGGUGACGAUGAUGCGGCCGCAAAUGGUGCCACCCCCGCCCGCACACAUGAUCGCACCCAAGAAGAAAUGUAAGAGACCACCCGGGGUCGGCUGUGCUGUGCUGCAACGUAAUCUGAUGUGUUGUGGUGGUGGUCAGCAUCAACGAAGAAGUCGUGCGGGGUUGGGUUCUUCGGCUGGUUCACCGGCUCCAAGAAAUGAACCAAGUAAGCGGCUGACCAUGCAGCCACACCAGAUAGACACACACCCCUACUCGUGCUGUACACACACUAUCUGUCUGUCUCUCUGUCUGUCUGUCUGUCUGUCUGAUUGCCUGGUGGUCAGCCAACGCAUCUCGAGCCCCCCAUACCACGCGGGCGGCAUCACCACACACACACGGGGGGCCGAUGUCUGCGUAUAUGUCAGUCUAUGGUCGCACAUGUGCAGUGUGAUUUGGGCCGUAAGUAUGUCGUCCUCUAUGGGCCGGAGAGACACUCACACACUCUUGCUCUGCCCUCGAUUGCUAGGCCAAUUCUCAACACUCUCUGUCUGUCUGUCUGUCUGUCUGUCAUGGUUCCUUGAUUGCUGGGGACUUUGUGUGUGCGGCCAUGCCAAAGUGAGCCGCCACACCGCCCAUUCGCUCGUGCGUGCGAUAAUGGCUGCCCUGUAUUUGUCUCUUCCUCUUGUCUGUCUGUCUGGGUGGGUCUCUCAAAUCACAACACAUCUCAUCAUACCGCUUCGAGCACUGUCCUCUUGGGGGUUUUUCGGGCUUGGUUUGCUUCCUCGAAUGAUCGCCUGCCUGCCUGAGUUAGCCACACACGACAUCACACCGCACAUCAUUCACACACUGUCCUCUUGGUUGGGGGUUCUGGGCUUGAUUUGUUUUGCUCGAUGGAUUGCUGGGUUUCCAUAGAGUGCGUGGGCCAUUGCCAAAGUGGGCCCUCACCAACCAAUGCACUGCAGCUGACAUGACUGACUGACUGGCCUGUGUCUCUUCCCUCUCCCAAACCACACACCAGCAGACAGACAGACAGACAAACAGACAGAGACGGACAAAGACAUAGAGUUUUCAAAAAGAGGGAGAGGAGCAGAAGUGCAUGGGAUGGACGCAGAAUGGACUCGCGAGCAGAGCGCAACGAGACAGACCAAUACAUCAACGGAAUGGACGAAAGAUGGUUGUUGAUCAAAGGCAUGUAUCUCCG